UUUAACGUAUCUAGGUUGGCAUCCCCCUUCUUUGCCUGUCAUAACCUAAAAAUCGCAGUUAAAUUAUUUCACCUAAAAUAAAUAAUUAAACCAUUAAUAAUGGACUCACUAGGGGGUGGAUUAACCGGAGCCCAAAAAGACGAACUAAUGGAUCAAGUCAAGCAACAAAUCGCCGUCGCAAACGCGCAAGAACUUCUCACUAAAAUGACCGAAAAAUGCUUUAAGAAAUGUAUAAACAAGCCGGGCACGUCCCUGGACAGUUCCGAACAGAAAUGCGUAGCCAUGUGUAUGGACAGGUACAUGGACUCGUGGAAUUUGGUCUCGAAAGCGUACAGUUUGCGAAUCCAAAGAGAGCGAAACAACAUGUGAAAAGAAAACGCCACUUGUGUAGAAUGAGAUAGUGUUGUUUGUAAUGAUCUGUAAAUACAGUUGUUUUGUAGUCACCUACUUUAUUAAAAAUAAUCACAAAUUUAA